AUGCAUCCUCCCUUCCACCUGCAUCCCCUGUCAUCCUCCCUUCCACCUGCGUCCCCCGUCAUCCUCCCUUCCACCUGCGUCCCCCGUCAUCCUCCCUUCCACCUGCGUCCCCCGUCAUCCUCCCUUCCACCUGCCACCUCUGUCAUCCUCCCUUCCACCUGCCACCCCUCCCCUGUCGUCCUCCCUCCCCCCUGCCGUCCUCCCUCCCCCCUGCCGCCCCUGUCGUCCUCCCUCCCCCAUGCCGCCCCUGUCGUCCUCCCUCCCCGCUGCCGCCCCUGUCGUCCUCCCUCCCCCCUGCCGCCCCUGUCGUCCUCCCUCCCCCAUGCCGCCCCUGUCGUCCUCCCUCCCCCCUGCCGCCUCUGUCGUCCUCCCUCCCCCCUACCGCCCCUGUCGUCCUCCCUCCCCCCUGCCACCCCUGUCGUCCUCCCUCCCCCCUGCCGCCCCUGUCGUCCUCCCUGA